CAUUUGUUCUAAACCUUGUGGCUUCAAUGCUACAGUGACUCUGAAAUCUAACAGAGGAUCAUUUCCCCCUUGCAAAAAUAAUGGAGAGGAUUGUCAUUUGGAAUCUGGAGUAAAAUCAACAUAUAGAACUGAAACAGAGCUGAGCAGAGCUGGGAUCUGCGUGCUGGUUUCAGGAACUGCUUCUUCAAGCUGGAGAGAACGAUGGUUGGGAAGGCCAGAUCCUCGAAUUUCACCUUAUCUGAAAAGCUUGAUUUGCUGAAACUUGUCAAGCCAUAUGUUAAGAUUCUGGAAGAGCACACCAACAAGCACUCAGUCAUAGUGGAAAAAAACAAAUGCUGGGAUAUCAUAGCUGACAACUACAAUGCCAUUGGAGUAGACCGUCCUCCUCGCACCGCGCAGGGCCUACGCACGCUGUACAAGAGGCUCAAGGAAUACGCCAAACAGGAACUACUGCAGCAAAAAGAGAGCCAUUCUGAUUACAAAAGCUACAUCUCUGAGCCGACUAAGAAAGUUGUGGAGAUGAUUCCACAGAUUUCCAGCGUGUGUUUGAGAGAAAGGAACAGCCUACCAUGCACAACUCUGGACAAAGAUACAGUUGCUACCACUAGUUCCCCACAGCCAGUUCUGGAGCACCAUCCUGCUGCUAUUACCCUGGAGCUGGAUCAAGAUGAGGAGGAUGUCAAACCACCUCCAUCGUUAAUUGUAGAGCUACAGCCACAGGAAGGCUUGGAGCAGAGAGAACCACAACAUUUGGUCCAUGUCAUGGAGAGAUCUCCCUCAACCUCUCUGUCUUCUGUUGAUAUAAGAAUGUUAUCUCCAUCUCCCAUCCCCAGAAGGGAUGAAUUUUUCAGGCUUGAAAGCGGGGAACGGUUUAGGCCGCCGUGUGGAGGAUAUGAUCCACAGAUGUUGCAAAUGCUCAAAGAAGAGCAUCACAUAAUCUUGGAAAACCAGAGGAAAAUUGGGCUCUAUAUCCAAGAAAAGAGGGAUGGCUUGAAAAGAAGGCAGCAGCUGGAAGAAGAGUUAUUGCGAGCAAAAAUUAAAGUAGAAAAAUUAAAGGCGAUACGGCUACGCCGUGACCUUCCUGAAUUCAACAGUCUUUGAAAGUUUAGCCGUUCUAUUCCAUAAAACUAGGGUUACUUCAUAGUUCCUUUUGCUCUAGCAAAUAUUGUUUGCCAUGUUAAUUUGGAUGGAUCAAGAUCCAGUCUUAUGCAGGGUGAAAUGAGUGCAUGUUUUCCAUUUUAUAUUUCAUGCAAAUUUGCAAAAAUGUCAAAGUCAUCUUUCACUGGGUUCCUCAGCUCUUCCUGAUCUCAAGUAGCAUCAGAUCUAAGUAAGACUUUAAAAAAAAAAAAACACCCUAAACAAUCCCUUGGAAAUCUUGUGAUUAUGUUAUUGCUAGCAAAUGAUAAUUUAUGCAGCUGUUAUAUAAGAUGCUGGUUUUAUUAUUAUUUUUUCUGCAACAAUUCUUAUCUGCUCUUUUAAAUAUUCAUUUAUUUGUGGGUCAAUAAAUAUACGCAAAGUGGAAAAAAUA